AUGUCCAAGUUUGCUGAAAGAUUAUCCCGAAUUGCCAUUCCUGUAGGUGUUGCCGUCACCCUCGGCCAGUCUGCCAUCUAUGAUGUGGAGGGAGGAAAAAGAGCCGUGAUUUUUGAUCGUCUUAGUGGUGUUCAACAACAGGUGAUUGGAGAGGGAACUCACUUUUUGAUACCAUGGCUCCAAAAAGCCAUUGUUUACGAUGUCAGAACGAAACCCAAGACCAUUGCAACCACCACCGGAUCAAAAGAUCUUCAAAACGUUUCGUUGACGUUGCGUGUUUUGCACCGUCCCGAGGUGAUGAACUUGCCCAAAAUCUACCAAUCGCUUGGUUUGGAUUAUGAUGAAAGAGUGCUUCCAGCCAUUGGAAAUGAAAUAUUAAAGUCGAUUGUAGCCCAGUUUGACGCUGCUGAGUUAAUCACACAGCGUGAAGUGGUAUCGGCCCGAAUUCGUCAGGAGUUAUCUCGCAGAGCAAACGAGUUCAACAUUAGGCUUGAGGAUGUUUCGAUCACCCACAUGACGUUCGGAAAGGAGUUUACCAAGGCGGUGGAGCAGAAGCAAAUUGCUCAGCAGGACGCUGAAAGAGCCAAAUACUUGGUGGAGAAGGCAGAACAAGAACGUAAUGCCAAUAUCAUUCGUGCUGAAGGUGAAGCCGAAAGUGCCGAGACGGUUUCCAAGGCAUUGGCGAAGGCCGGAGAUGGUCUCUUGAUGAUCAGACGUUUGGAGGCCUCCAAAGAGAUCGCAGCCACGUUAGCCGGUCUGCCUAAUGUGCUGUACUUGCCAGGAGGAGGCAAAGAUGAAGACCAAAAGAACUCGUUGUUGUUGAAUGUGGGUCGCUAA